AUGUUCUACGCCGAAAAGAACGUGGACGGCACGAACUUCACGUCCAUUCCGGCCGCCUUUUGGUACACCAUCGUCACCAUGACCACGUUGGGGUAUGGUGACAUGGUACCAGAAACAAUAGCUGGAAAAAUUGUCGGUGGAGUAUGUUCACUAAGUGGAGUGCUUGUUAUCGCACUACCUGUACCAGUAAUUGUGUCUAAUUUCAGUCGCAUUUACCAUCAAAAUCAGAGAGCAGAUAAAAGAAAAGCUCAAAGAAAAGCACGGCUGGCUAGGAUAAGGAUAGCAAAGGCCUCUUCGGGUGCUGCAUUUGUGAGCAAAAAAAAAGCGGCUGAAGCCAGGAUGGCGGCUCAAGAAUCUGGGCUAGAGCUUGAUGAAAAUUACAGAGAAGAAGACAUAUUUGAACUGCAGCAUCAUCAUUUGCUUCGAUGUUUGGAAAAAACGACUGAUAGAGAGUUUGUGGAGCUCGAAGUGCCAUAUAAUGGUCAAUCAAAAAGGCCAUGCUCACCGUCUCCCCUACUGAGCCCUAGCCAUUCGGCAUUAAGCAGGGUGAACUUCUUAAGCUCAUGCUGUACAAGAUGCUGUAAUCAACGGUAUCAGAAGCACAAGCGAGAGAGCUCGCCGGACUCGAUAGGCGAACCCAUCAACGAGGAGGAGCUGAUCGAGGUGCAGAUGAAGCAGCGUCACACGUCGGUGGCCGCGGCGCCCGGCGGCGGCAAGUCGAGCAACUCACUCGACUACAACAGUUGCGACAUGCCGUCCGCGUCGGCGGGCCACAAGUCGUCGGCCGCGGGGUCGCCGUCCUCGGCGUCCGCUUCGGCGGCCGCGACCACUGCGGUGGCCGGAAGCAGUAGCGGCGCCGCUGGCGGUGGCAGCGGAGCAGCCGGCGGAUCCACUUCCGUCAUGUCCGUGCAGGGCUGCAACAACCCCAACUCGAGCACGUCGUCCGUCGUCGUCAACCUGCCCACGUCCUAUCCAAACUCGGAAAUGGACUACGGGUCGGCCUCGUACCCGCCGUCCCCGUCGCUGUCCUCCAACAACGACAAGCCGCAAGUACGCAUCACGUUCCUCUAG